GAAAGUGAUUGGAAAUCAGGUAUAUCAAUGAUCAGGGCAUUUAUGUUUUGUGACUGAGUGAGGCUAAAACAUUGUAGUCAAUACUGUUGCUGUUCGGAUUUAGAUUGUUUUCCUCCAUCUAUGGUUAUAACAGUGACAUUUACCAGUACUUCAAUAAAUAAACUAUAAUGAACAGAAAUGAUUGGAUUUUAAAUAGUGAAAGCUUGAUAUAGCAGAACUGAGAUCUAGUGAACCACUUGAACUCACGAAAAUAGACGUUACAUAAGAUAUAAGUCCCUCGGACUGCCAGAUUAUAGUUUGGGUUGCAGUGUUCUAGAUUGGGAUUGGAAAGUGUGACAGAUUUUACAUUGGAGUAUUCCAUAAUGGGUACACCUCACUAGCAAUGCUAUGUGGUCUUUGAUUUGUUACUGCUUGUUGACGAUGCAGUGAUUGUGACAGGGUGUAAAACACAUGAUGGAUUAUUUGAUCAAUGUCAUUUUUCUGUAUUAAUUUGGAAAUAGUAAUAAAAAGGAUUUAAUAAGAUGGAGUCGGGUAGCAGUGGACUUUUCUCACCGAUGGAAGAUGAUUUUAAUGGGUAUGCCAAGCGUCACACGGUGUCUGGGUUGGACCCACAGACUGAGUACAAGUACCGGAUGAGGAUGAUGAACAACACUGGGCUUAGCGAGUGGAGCGCACAUGUCAAGGUCUCAACUACAAAGGAGCCCAUGACUGGUGAGCACCUACACCGAGCCCUCAACCGUCAGGACCUUGAACUCUUGGAAACUAUUCUUCAGUCGGGUGAUGUGAAAAUAGAUGUUCCAGACAAAUAUGGCUUUUCUCCGCUUAUGCAGGCGGCACAAAAAGGAUUUGUGAGUGAAGUUGAGCUGCUACUUAAACAUGGUGCUGAUGUCCAUCUACAGAAUGAUGCAGGAAAGACAGCGUUGAUGCUAGCCUGCUACGCAGGACAACUAGAUGUCAUAAAAAUUCUACGCCAGAAUGGGGCUCGUUACACAGACUUUGAUAGGGGUGGAUCUGCGGCCAUUCAUUGGGCAGUGGACGGUGGACAUGUUAAGUUGCUGGAUUGGAUGAUAGAGGACGGUGCUGACGUUGAUCUACAAGAUCUCGGUUCAGGCUGGACGCCUCUUAUACGUUGUGCUUCCGUCUCAGGUCAUCGUGAGAUCGCACUGUCCCUACUGCAGAAUGGGGCAAAGAUUGAUGCGCAGGACAAGGAUGGCAAGACGGCGCUAAUGAUCGCAAUCAUCAACGGGCACCAGCAACUGCUGGAAGUACUGCUGAAGAAGAACGCAAACAUCAAGCUGAAAAAUGAGUAUGGCAAAACGGCCUAUGACAUGGCGAAAUCAUUUGAGAAGCGGAGAAUCGUGAAGGUGUUAGAAGACCACAUGGAGGAGAAGGGAAUAAAGACCUACUGAGGGGUGGGAUAAUCUUUAAAGAGGCGCAAAGGCGGACAUCUAAGCCACCAAGAAAUUGUUUGUCAUAGGGGUGGAGAAAUCUCAUCUUGACAUAAAGCUCGCAAACAUUUAUCCCCUACUUGUGAACUUAAUCAGUGUAAAUUGAGCUGCUUGGGGGAAUACUUGGCUUAAUGCAUGUUGUAAAUUGUCGUCCAAAAUUAGCCUGUGUUGUAUGCACAGGCUUAUCAAGGACAACAUUUUCGGUCUAAACUGGAUUUUUGCUAGGUAAAACUUCCUUAUAACCACAAGUAUUAAAAAAGUGGAAAGUUUUGGUGGAUUGAACAGGCUUAUUUGGGACAACAUGCCUUAAGCCCUAUUUUCACACAGCAUGGCUCAUUUUGUUUGUGCACAUGUUUCACCAGAUUAAUUGCAAUAUAAUAGUAAGUAACUAUUGUUUUAUACAUAAUUUUUACUCAAAUAUAUUUAUGCCUUUUGGUCAGUGUAAGGUUGAUUCUAGCCAGCUUUACUUGUCUACAUUGGAAAAGAAAAUAGCAACUUGUCCUUAAAGCAAUUUUAUAAAUAAUUUUCUCAUUUUAUCACCAGUCUGUUUAUUAUUUGGGGACAAGACAAGUGAUUGAUUUGUGUCACCCAUUGGGCAUAAUUUGUCAUUAUUGUUUUCAUUAUUGUUAUCUUCAUCAUCAGCAUCACCACUUGGAUCUACAGCAGAGCGGUUGUUUGCAUUUGGCAAUAAUUCAGAAUUACCAUGGCCUCAUGUUCCUUUGAUUUGGAUCUCAUAAUUGGAUCUGUCAGUUUGUUACAAAUGUCAACACAAUCAAACUUGAGAGUCACUGGUGUUUUACUUGGUUAACAUUCUGAAAUUGUAUAAUUAAAUAUCACUGUGUUGGAAAGCUUAUUUACAAAUUCAAUUGCCAGAAUUACAACAAUUCAAUAUGUUUUGAAAAAAAAAUACUGAUUUAUUGGCAGAUCACAAGUGAAAGUCAACUUUUUGUUUUUGUUAGAUUAUCCUGUUUGUUUGUUUUUUUGUUGCUCUGCUGAACAAUUUUGUAGACUUUGUGUACUUGUGUUACAAUUAUAUUCCAAAAUGCAUAUAUCUAUGUAAUUAAUUACAUAAUUUGAAAUGCUAUUUAUUCACAUUGAUGUUUUGAUGUAUUAGACACAUGAUCUAGUUAAUCUUUUACUGAUUGCAUGUUUCAUUUAGGUUUUCAUGAUUUGUUCAGUUUGUUAUGUUAAACAAUGUCAUUUUCAUGGUUAUUGACUUAGUAUUUCCAUGAACUUGUGUAGCAUGAAUUUUUUUGAGUGUGUUAUUUAUUAUAUUAAUUCUUUGAGCCAUGUACUAGGAAAACUGACCUUAAUACAUGUGCACAAAGUGUCUUACCGUAUUAGCCUGCGCAGUCUUAUCGAUGACCUUUUUUUAGCUUUUAUUAAAUUUUUUGUUUAAAGAAAGUUUCUUCUCAACAAAAAUCCAGUCUAGGCGGAAAGUGUUGUCCCUGAUAAGCCUGUGUAGACUGGGCGGGCUAAUCUGGGAUGCCAUUUAAUGCACAGCAUUAAGCCCAGUUUUCCCAAAAUGAUGCUCAUAUAAUUACAAGCUGUUAAAGAACGUGUGAAUGAUCACAUCCGUCCAGGAUCUUUGUCUUUUGAAGCAGGAAAUUCAAAAUGUUGAUCCUUUUCAUGUUUGUAAUAAAUUGUCACAAUGUUUUGUCUCUUGUUAGUUUGCAUACACAUUAUUGUGUAACAUGCAGCAACAUAAGUCAUAUUUAUAAUAUUCAUAUUAAUUGUUGGUUCUUUAUAUGCUAAUAAUUAAAUAUUUUUUUAUUUUCACUUAUACACUGAAUUCUGAUUGGAUAGUUUAAGCAUGAGAUAUUCAAUAACCCAAACAAACUUGCUGUGUCUUCAAUUUAAGAUGUUAUUAAUAAUUAUCAUACCUCCUUUUCAUUCGCGUUUUGUAAAUUUGCAUCUUCUGUACGCUAAUCUUUACAAUGUUUGCAAUAUGAUGUUAUUAUUUUGCCAACACACAUAUGGUGUAUUUGUAAUUGUUUGUGAAAAAAAAGUCUGAUAUUUGAUAUACAUGUUUGUAAUUUGCAGGCUUUGUACAUGAUUACAAUUUUUUUAAUGACAAGAGCCUCAAAUGCUAUAUAUGGGCUAUGCUCUGUGAAAAGGGGGUUUAUUGCAUGUGCAUAAAGUUUCGUCCCAGAUUAGCCAGUGCAGUACGCAUAGGCUUAUCAUUGAUGACACGUUCUGCUUUUAUGGUAUUUUCCAUUUAAAUAAAGUCUCUUCUCAGCAAAAAUAUAGUUUAGGCAUAAAGUAUGGUCCCUGAUUAGCCUGUGCAUAUUGCUUUGGCUAAUCUGCGACGAAACUUUACCCACAUACAUUGAAUCCCCUUUUCGCAGAGCAGGGCUCAUAUACUCAAAUACAUUCCUCAUUUUAUUAAAUGAAAUGUGUAACUUAUAAAAUGUUUCUAGGAUUGAGACUAGUUUAUGUGUCAUUUAAAACAAUAAACAAGCCAGUGUUAAAUUAGGCCCUAAAAUAUUUAGAUUAUUUUAUAAAGAUAUAUUUUACAUCUAGUGAUUUAAACUGAGGGUGAAGAACCAAAAGCAAUGUAGCGUGAAGAAACACCAGUUUUCAUUCGUUGUUCCUAAAGGGCUAUCUGAAUUAUACAGGUACUGGUCAAACCAUACUCGAAAUAUUACAUCAUACAACUUUUGCUUAUCUAGCAAGACAUAAUAACUGUGAAGUUCUGUGUUAUACUAAUGUUAUUUAAAUUUCAGUGUGAUAGAAUUUAAUUUUGGAAAGCGUUUUUUAUGUCUUUUUUUCUCAGGUUUUGCUUUGAUACAAUGUGCAAGUGCUGUUCUUUUACUUUCGCGUUGUUAGUUCAUCUACUUUUGGCUGCAAUAGGAUAUAUCCGUCCACUUAUAUAGUCUGUCAUGAUUUGUGAAAGUUGUGUCAAUAUGGAAAUUUUAAUGUAACUUGUAAUUUUUCGUAUUGAGUGCGUUACUAGUUAAGAUUUGUGUUUUGUUUCUAUUGCACUGUUAGCAUGAUUAAUCUUUAAGAAUACAUGGGCUGCUGUAAAAUCAUUAUUCAUGGGACAGUAAUUUUGGUUUAUUUCUUGGGUUGAUCUACAAAUUUAAUGCUUACACAUCAGAAAACAACAGAUGCAAGUUGCUUGUCUUUUCCCAAACUCUGAAAUCAACGCAUUCACGUGUCCACAAAAAGUCAUUUUUUGGAAAAAAACAUGAAAUUUCAUGCUGACGAAUAUAAUUUUAAAACUAUAUUAGCACACAUGUAAAAUUUGCAAAAAUCACUGAAUUGUUAUAAGCAGUAUGUAUAGCAUAUAUUUGCCCUGGUGCCAAUGUUGUUUUUUUAUGGCCAAACAAUGAUAAUUUCAGUUUUUCAUGUAUGACCAAACAUAUAAGGUAGGAAGGCAGAAACACAAAGUAUCUCAAGAAUUUGACAAAGAGUAGUUUUGGUUACAUCAAAGAAAACAUAUUUUUUGGAUCUUUAGUGUUAAAACCAUUAUAAAAUCAGUAUGUUUUUUAUAAAGCAAUACAAACUGCAUCCCAAACUCAGACAAAAAAAUAACAAUAAAUUAUAUAACAAUAAAGCAACAAUAAUGUAUUUUAAAACUCAUUUUAAUUGUUUCAUAGCUGUUUCAUUGUGUACUUUGUGAUGUUGUGUGUAUUAGAAGUGCACUGUGUCAAUAUGUUUAUGUUUUAGCCCAUCAGUUUACACAAAUGUUAUGCAAUAUAUUCUGGUAUUCAGCAAUGUUCAGAAAGUAGUGGCUUGUUCAUGUCUAAGACUAGGGGUCAAACAUUUGAAUCUGCUUGACAUUUCUGUUUGAGGUACAACGUUUGAAUGCUUAACCUUGACUUAUUUAUAAUGCUGUUUUACAAAUGUGUUCUACUUGUUUUCUUGGAGUUAAAACUUAGCAAAACAAAGUCAUGUAAAACAUAAUGCUGACAUAAAAAAUAAUAAAAGUAGUACAUAAAA